GGCGCCGGUUCUGGUAUGGUCAAUGGUUCUGGUGCCGAUCAUCAAGAUAUUCGUAACGGUGCUGCUAUAAACACAGAACACGCUCUGGUCUAUCGAGACGGGAACCUUGUGUCAGGUUCGCUGGAAGCCCUCGUGCAGCACAUGGUGCCCACCGAGGAAUAUUAUCCCGAUCGGGCAUACCUCUUCGCCUUUUUGCUGAGCGCCAGGCUCUUCAUCAAGCCGCACGAGCUCCUGGGCGAGGUCUGCGCCCUCUGCGAGCAUCAGCAAAACCUGAAUGGAGAGGGUGGCAAGGAACGUCUGCAACGUUUCGUGCCGCGACUGGUGCAGCUGCUAGCCGAAUGGACGGAAACAUUCCCUUACGACUUCCGGGACGAGAGGGUGAUGGGCCACGUCAGGUCUAUCACGCAGAAGGUCGCUGCGGUCGACGCUGCGGCCAGGCAGGAAGUUUCGGCAUUGCUGGAAAACUUGCUGUUCAGACUGACGGCACUGGAGGGGUAUGAGGAGGGCCUGGCCAGACUCGCGACCGAGGCUACGACAGAGCAGCUCUCACAGGUGGACGUCACCGAGCUGUGUCCGUCGGCCACGGUCCUGGCACAGCAAUUGACCCACGUGGAACUCGAGAGGCUCUCGUACAUCGGCCCCGAAGAAUUCGUCCAAGCCUUCGCCAAGGAAUCUCCUCAUUUGGAAACAUCUUUCAAGGACAUGAAGAAAACGCGCAAUCUCGAAUCGUACGUCCAAUGGUUUAACAGACUGAGCUAUUUCGUUGCGACAGAAGUGUGCAAGCACGCGAAAAAGAAACAACGCGUUCGUGUGGUUGAAUAUUGGAUUGAAACAGCACGCGAAUGCUUCAAUAUCGGCAAUUUCAACUCUCUGAUGGCGAUCAUCGCUGGUCUGAAUAUGUCACCGAUAUCUCGCUUGAAGAAAACGUGGUCAAAGGUGCAGCUGGCGAAAUUCUCGAUUCUAGAGCACCAAAUGGAUCCGAGCAGCAACUUUAGCAGCUAUCGCAGCACAUUGAAAGCAGCGAUGUGGCGUAGCGCCGGCGCUACGGAUGAACGACAGAGGAUCGUCGUGCCCUUCUUCAGCUUGCUGGUCAAGGAUCUUUAUUUCCUGAACGAGGGUUGCAGCAACAAAUUACCAAAUGGGCACAUUAAUUUCGAGAAAUUUUGGCAACUGGCGAAGCAGGUAACAGAAUUCAUCGCCUGGAAACAAGUUGCUUGUCCGUUUGAGAAAAGUCCACGUGUCAUUGCUUUUCUUCAGGCGAGCCCGGUGCUGACUGAAAAUGCUCUAGCUUUGGCAUCCUUCGAGUGCGAACCACCAGACAACAAUCCAGAAAAAGAACGUUACAAAGCAUUGAAGUCUGAACUGAAUGCCCAGUGAAAACGAGUGACCAUACACCGCGUCGAAUGGGAACGAUAUUGAGACAGACGCGCUCUUCUAAAACUACGUUUCCAGACAUUAAUCACGCACGAAUCUCUCCUAAGAAGAAGCAAAUCGAGAGGAAGGAACCA